GCUGUACACUAAUUGGUGCUAACGCUCAAACGGGUGGGCCCAUCCCUUACUUGCACUUUAGUUCGCGGUGUGUGCGUGGAACGUUUCUGAAGGGGCCACAACCUCGGCUUCAUAGUAUACCUGAACGCAGCUCAAAUCUUCUCUCUUACAUAAUGUCCAAGCAGCAGCCGCGUCGCAACAACAAGCGGAGCCGGAGCGCGCCGGAAAGCGACGAGGAGGAAGAGGAGCAGCGCUGGCAAAAAGUAUGCCCAGUCGAUAUAAUGCAUGGCAAAUUUGCCGCCCUAGAGAGCGAGGUCGCAGAGCUAGCGGGGCAGUGUUCGGCUUGGCGAGAGGCGCUGGCCAAAGCGCGUGCGCAAGAGGCUGAGCACCUGGACAGUAUUGAGCGGUAAAACCUGCACCGUUUGUCUCGCUGUUCCUCAAGAUCUGCGGGCGGGUACUGAGCGGCGCAGCAGUUUUGGACCUGUGAACCGGGCGCCGUGAACAAGCAAAACCACACGGGUGAAACAGGGUGAAAAGCGAACUGAGCACAUAUGCAUGCGCUGUAUCAUCGGCUGCAGGCUGAGCCGCAACCAGGCUGCAACGGGAGCCGACAGACGGCGAUUCUCAGUCGGGACGACCGUCAACCGGGCGCCGUUGCCGUGCGGCGAGUCCCUGGAGCAGAGGUCGGCGCUUUGCGAGCUGGGACAGAACUCAAGGAACGGCGACCGGCGCUUGGAUGCUGCCGCGGUCCGGCGGGUGUCUGACUCAACACUGCUGCCGGCCGCACGUGGGGCGGCGGUCCAGCCUUCACCUCUGAGAGUGUCGGCCGCGACUGGCGACGACCUCCGCGCCGCCAGCAGCUCCACCCAGCCGGUAGUAGACAUCGACAGCACGCGCGAGGCGGGCGCCGGUGUGCGUACGUCACCGGCGCCACGUUUCUGCGAGCCUCUUGGCCACAUGCCUGCAGCGCUACAAGCACUAGCAUGCGCCGGCGCCAACGCCAGCACCGCACCGGCCACGGCAGAGCCGCUCCUGCUGGUGGCGGCAACGACCGUAGCCUGUGAGCCGCCGCUCUCGCUCGACAGCAAUAAUGGGCACUCGCCGCCGCAGCACUUCCCAAUGCUCGCCAACGCCGCCAGCCGCACCAGCAGUAGCCUGCAACCCCGCACAAGUGGCAGCGGACAACAGACGCACGCAGACGCCGCCGCCGCCGCCGCCUUCCCGCUGCCGCCGUCACUGCUGCUGCCGCCGCCGCGGCCGCUGGCAGCAGAGCGCUUGCCUUUGCAGCAGCACCUGCAGCACAACCACUACCACCAUGAGCAACAGAUGGCGGUGUCAACAUGGGAGACAUGCAACCAGCAGGCCGAAAUGACGCCGCCGUCGGCGGAGCAAGAGCACGAGUGGCUUGGGCGGUGCGGCAUUAUUAAUGGGCGCAGCGGAUCCGCGGGUGCCGUUGGCGGCGUUUACGCCGCCGGCGUCCCGCCCUUUCUGCCCUCAACCGCGACUGCGGCUGGCGUGCCGCCUCCACUUGAAAGGAUCAGGUCAAUCAGCUGCGACAGCUCUGUCGGUGGGCCGACGCCGCAUUACUCUUCCGUUGCACAGCCGCCGCCGGCCUUCAUUCUUGCAACCUCCGCCGCCACAUCUGCGUCGAGCAUCUGCACCGUCUCGGCGGUCGCGGGCUACGAUGGCGGCGGCGGCAUAUUCGACUCGCCCUUCGCGCCGCUGGCUGCUGUGGUCCCGCCGCCGAUGGCAGCGCUGUCGGCGGGAGAUGCGGCGCCGCCGUCAGGAGGGGCCGCGGCAGCUGCUGCGGCUGCGGCAGCGCCCGCCGAUGUCCGGGACCUGUAUGAGGCGUGGCGCGGCAGCCCCGACGAGCAGGAGGGCCCGGCAGCAGCAGCAGCAGCAGGGGGUGACAGCGGCGGCGGUGAGGGCGGCGUCGGUGCCUGCUGGCCCCGUUUGUGGCCACAGCAACAACCGCCGAUUGCCGGGCGCAUGACCUCAAGCAGCAUCCUCAACAGCCCCGGGGGCAGCAGUAGCCCUUGCCUGCAGCUUCAGCCCCAGCCGCUGCCGCAGCCGCAGCAGCCGCGCCUUAUUAGCUGCGGCACUUAUUCUUGGCCUCAGGAUGACGGCAUGAUGACGAUGAGGCCUAUUGGCCAGCAGGACGGGCAGCAGCAGCAACAACAGCAGCAGCAGCAGCAGCAGCAGCAGUGCCUACAAGCACAGGCGCAGCAAGACGCAAUUGCUGUGGUGCCAGCAAUAAUGGCCCCGGCAUGGCACCCCCAGCAACAGCAGGGGCAGCAGCAAAUGCAGCUGCCACUGCCGCUGCCACUGCCACCGCCGCUGACGCACGCGACGUCUAAUAAUGCCAGCAGCAGCGCUUUCUUUUGCGCCGGCGGCGGCGGCGGGGCUGGAGGCAGCAGCACGGCGGCGGCGGCGGCAGGGGUUGUUCGGGCUCCUACGAGCUGUGCGAGCUCCUACGGGUGCGCUCCUGAUGCGUCCGUCCCCAUGUCCCCGGCCCUCACGGCAGUGCAAACAAGCCUGAUGGGCACAGCCUUUGCCCUCCCUUCCUAGGUUUGCUGCGCUUUGGUAUGGUAUGGAUGAUGACGCCGGGGAGGGCGGGGUUCGUUGACGGGCAGGAGCAGUGGCGGUAUUAAGGCGGUGCAGAUGGAAAGGGGCAUACGGGCACUCGGCGGGAGCGUUGCCGCCAGCAGUGGUGCCUAUCGAAGUCCGGCGGCGGGAUGCAACCUUAUGCCUGCUGGGCUACUGGCGGGUGGGGCGGUGGGGUAGUACAUUUCAGAACCCAGCAAGCCCAACCGUGUGGGGCGGGCGGGGGGGCGGCGGACUGUGUAGUAUGCACCAAUGCACGUCAUGAGACUUGGUCAGUGCAGUGAGGCUCGGGCAGCAGGACUCGGAAGUGGAAUGAUACGGUACUGGGAAGCAUUGUCGUCGGCAGCGUAUUGAAACAAACAUGAUUGAAGCGCGCUUGCUGCAUACCGUAUACGCCGUGUGUGGCGUUCCGGUGUCCCUUGAACGCAUAUGGUGAUUAAAUGGAUUUAUGGAAAUGGAGGGGGGCUCGAGACAUGAGGGACAGAGGGAGAGACAUGAGCGGCACACACAUUGGGGGAAACGCACGCACGACACGUACGGCACGGUGGCACGCGUGGCCGUGGGCCAUGGGCCAUGGGCUUGUGAUGAGGCGAGACAUGCGUGAGGCAGUGCACAGCAGGGAGCGGGCGGUAUAUAAUCAAGAAAUAAGGCCAAGCCGCGGCAUGACUGAGCAAUUGGAUAGGGGCACUACCGUAACACGCUGCCAACCCUUGUGAUUUCUGGUACGAAUCGUAAUUUUGCAUUUCUUACGGACUUACUUGGGCUGCAGCGGCAUGAGCUCAUGCAGUGGCAUUUAUGCACGCGCCCUGCUGCCAGCACUGUAUUGCAAUUUCCUUCCGUUUGUAUAAAGACCUUUUGUAGCCUAUGCGUUUAUAGAUCUGGUUGUGCCUCCAGUGGCCUCCAGUGGUGAGCGGUUGCGUGGCGGGACGGCGGGGACUGCGUCAGCAGGAUAGAAGGAUAGAUGCCGUGUUUGAGAGAACGCCUGCAGGGAGGGUGGCUCGAUCAGGUAACGUGCGGAGCAGCACGGUGGCAUACCGAAAGAGGGGACACCUCGGGCGCGGUGACAUUUCGGUGCCGUAAUUGGGCGCAUGUAUAGUUUUGUGCCUUACUUGUGCAGUAUUCCUUCUUUGUCUAUUACUGGUAUCCGUGGGCGGCGGUCUGUUGGGCACGUGCUCGUUGCUAAGACACUCAGCCUGGUUUAUUUGGGCAGGAACGCACUAACGCAGGCAUUACGUACUUUUGCAUGCACACACAUGUGUGUGUGUAUUUAAAUAAUAACAAGGAACGAACGGGGGCCUGUGCGCGUUCGGUGGUGCAUGGACAACAGGAGUAGGGACAGUCCGUGCGUGCAGAUGGGUGGGAGGUGACAGUUCGUGCCAAAUGGGUGACGUAGGCACGGUUCUAGGGGGUUCGGGGUUAACGAACGGCCAAUCAGCAAGAAUGUAAAGAACGGAGGUG